AAUGUCAAACUUUCCGCUGAAGUAGAGCCAUUUAUUCCCCAGAAGAAGAAUCUGGAUGCGUUUGUGCUCCCUAUGGCUCUCCCAAAUGAUAAUGGAAGUGUUUCUGGUGUUGAACCAACACCAAUCCCCAGUUAUCUGAUUACCUGUUACCCAUUUGUCCAGGAAAACCAGUCCAAUCGACAGUUUCCUUUAUAUAACAAUGAUAUACGAUGGCAACAACCCAGCCCAAGCCCUACUGGACCCUACCUUGCCUACCCCAUUAUAUCUGCUCAGCCACCUGUGUCCACAGAGUACACCUAUUACCAGCUGAUGCCAGCACCCUGCGCCCAGGUUAUGGGCUUCUAUCACCCUUUUCCUACACCUUACUCCAGCACCUUCCAGGCUGCAAACACUGUCAAUGCCAUAACCACAGAAUGCACCGAGCGUCCAAAUCAGCUGGGGCAGGCCUUCCCAUUGCCCAGUCAUCGGAGCAGGAAUGGUAACAGAGGGCCGGUAGUGCCAAAACCACAGCUUCUACAGCAACAUAUAAAAAACAAAAGACCACAGGUGAAGAAUGUGGCUACUCAGAAAGAAACAAGCUCAGCAGGUCCUGAUAGCCGAUCAAAAAUUGUGCUCCUGGUAGAUGCUUCCCAGCAAACUGAUUUCCCAUCAGACAUUGCUAAUAAGUCUCUCUCAGAGAGCACAGCAACCAUGCUCUGGAAAGCCAAAGGCAGGAGGAGAAGAGCAUCCCACCCUGCUGCCGAAUCCUCCAGUGAGCAGGGGGCCAGUGAAGCUGACAUCGACAGCGACAGUGGCUACUGUAGCCCUAAGCACAACAACCAGCCUUUGGCAGGGGCUCUGCGGAAUCCUGACUCUGGGAGCAUGAACGUGUGUAAUGCCUCACGUCCUUUGCACGCAGAAUCAUCAGGCUGUACAGGUGGUGUAAACUGGCCCAAAGUAACCUGCCAGGCAACACAGAAAAGACCUUGGAUGGAAAAACGCCCAUCGUUUUCUAGAGGGGGAAGGCAAACUGAACAAAGAAAUAAUUCCCAGGCUGGAUUCAGAUGCCGAGGACACAGUACUUCCUCAGAAAGAAGACAGAAUUUGCAAAAGAGACAAGACACUAAGCACUUAAACUCUACUCAGUCUCACAGGAGUGACCUAAAUCCUGAGUCUUUAUAUUUUGAGGAUGAAGAUGGGUUUCAAGAACUAAGUGAGAAUGGAAAUUCUAAAGAUGAGAAUAUUCAACAGAAACUUCCUUCAAAAGUACUGGAUGAUUUACCUGAAAACUCGCCUAUCAAUAUAGUUCAGACUCCGAUUCCCAUUACCACGUCAGUUCCUAAACGAGCCAAGAGUCAAAAGAAGAAAGCAUUAGCUGCAGCCCUUGCCACAGCACAAGAAUACUCAGAAAUAAGUAUGGAGCAAAAAAAAUUACAGGAAGCUUUAUCAAAAGCAGCUGGAAAAAAGAAUAAAACCCCCGUGCAGCUAGAUUUAGGGGACAUGCUAGCUGCUCUGGAGAAGCAACAGCAAGCAAUGAAAGCACGCCAGAUCACCAACACCAGACCGCUCGCGUAUCCAGUCGCCGCUGCAGCUGCUUUUCACACUAAAGACUCUGCUAACAGAAAGCCUUUAACCAAAAGUCAGCCCUGUUUAACGUCCUGUAAUUCUCUGGACAUUACUUCCUCUAAAGCUAAGAAAGGAAAAGAGAAGGAAAUUGCAAAGCUAAAAAGACCCACAGCACUCAAAAAGGUUAUUUUGAAAGAAAGAGAGGAGAAGAAGGGACGUCUGACUGUGGAACACACUGUUUUGGGCACGGAGGAGCCAACAGAGACACAUUUGGACCUCACCAAUGACUUGCCUCAGGAGACUGUCUCCCAGGAAGAUACUGGACUGAGCAUGCCCAGUGAUGCUUCACUUUCUCCAGCAAGUCAGAACUCUCCAUACUGUAUGACACCUGUGUCGCAAGGCUCUCCUGCUAGUUCUGGCAUAGGCAGCCCAAUGGCAUCAUCAACGAUAACCAAAAUCCACAGCAAAAGAUUUCGAGAAUAUUGUAAUCAGGUUCUCUCUAAAGAAAUUGAUGAAUGUGUGACCCUCCUUCUGCAAGAGCUUGUAAGUUUCCAGGAGCGCAUCUACCAGAAGGACCCUGUGAGAGCGAAGGCCAGGAGGCGGCUGGUCAUGGGGCUGAGGGAGGUCACCAAGCACAUGAAGCUGAACAAGAUCAAGUGUGUCAUCAUUUCCCCCAACUGUGAGAAGAUCCAGUCAAAGGGUGGCCUAGAUGAGGCCCUCUACAACGUCAUAGCCAUGGCCCGGGAACAGGAGAUCCCUUUCGUAUUUGCCCUUGGAAGGAAAGCUCUCGGACGCUGUGUGAACAAGCUGGUUCCUGUUAGUGUGGUGGGGAUCUUCAACUAUUUCGGUGCUGAGAGCCUAUUUAAUAGAUUAGUGGAGCUCACCGAGGAAGCCCGGAAGGCGUAUAAAGACAUGGUUGCAGCAACAGAGCAGGAGCAAGCAGAGGAAGCCUUGAAGAGUGUGAAGACAGUGCCUCACCACAUGGGCCAUUCUCGGAACCCCUCUGCAGCAAGUGCUAUUUCUUUCUGCAGUGUUAUUUCUGAACCCAUUUCUGAAGUAAACGAGAAGGAGUAUGAAACUAAUUGGAGAAGCAUGGUGGAAACUUCCGAUGGCUUGGAAAUGUCAGAAAAUGAGAGAGAGCUUCCCUCUAAGCAGAGCCCUUCUGAGAAUCCCAGUAAACUCACACCGGACACAACCCCUGUGAGUAAGGAGCUGCAGCUGGCUGCAGGCAGCACUCCCUCAGCGCCAAGCCAGGGGAAGCCCGCAAGUGACAAGGACGAACUGAAGCCGGACGACCUGGAGUGGGCCUCCCAGCAAAGCACAGAGACUGGCUCAUUGGAUGGCAGCUGCCGAGAUCUUCUGAAUUCCUCCAUCACCAGCACCACCAGCACGCUUGUACCUGGCAUGCUUGAAGAGGAGGAUGAAGAGGAGGAAGAAGAGGAAGAUUAUACUCAUGAACCCAUAUCAGUAGAAGUACAACUCAAUAGUAGAAUCGAGUCCUGGGUCUCAGAGACCCAGAGGACUAUGGAAACCCUUCAGCUCGGCAAGGCCCUUCCUGGCUCCGAGGAAGACAAUGCAGUGCAGAGUGGAGAGGAAUCAGCAGAAGCACCUGAGGGGCCGGAGUCAGGAGUGGACAGUGAGAGCUGGACCCCUGACCAGCAGCCGAAGCCCAGCAGCACCGUGAACAAAGAGCACUCUGAUUCCAAUCCUGCUCCUCCAAAUCCAUAACUCAGGAAGUGUCAGUUGUCUCCAGCUGUGUCCAGCUGCAGCCAUGUCCCUGAUGCUCCAACUCAACGUUUUCCACUGUCCAGUUACUUACUAUGUUUUUAAUUCCCAACAGACCUUUUGUAGCUUUUACCUAUUUUGUUAAGAUCUCAGCUUAACUUUUAACUAGUGUUCAGGUCUGUUUCUAAGAAUUGUGUAGAAAAUUCAGACUUGUUUCAACUUACUUUGUAAUGAAAAAAUAAUGAUUAAAGAAAGAAGACCAAAUUCUAAAGAGAAAAUGUAAACAAACAACUGAUGGCUAUUUAAGGUUAUUUUACAAACUAAAGAUUAAGAUUAUAAGGACCAGUCUUUGAUUACAGACUGCAUCUGCUUCAGGGUCAUUUGUCUGUUGGAGUCAUGGAAGCUGCUUUUGAAAAGUGCUGGAGGUAGUAUCAGGACCUAAAAGGUCGAGGACAGCAAGGCUGUCCAACACUGUGCAUUACAAAAUGGGUGCAGAUUUUACUUGGCCCACAAUGUUUAUUUCAGAAGCCACUGGUCCUUGUACCCCACAAAAGUCAGGAUGGGCUGAAACAGCCUGCAGGAGUUAGGCAAGCACUGGAGCGUUACCACCACACUGGCCUUGCUUGUGAAAAGGGACAGAUGUCUGUAAGAGCAAAAAGUCACCAUCGUGCAACUUGCCAGGUUCUGUCUAACACUUGCCUCUUACCUCAGGAAUGCUCUUGUACAUAGUGUGUAAAGUUAGCAGACACUGAUAGGUGUACAGGUUUGUAUUUGCACAGCACUUCCCUGUGGACCCCCAGAAGCAAGGCUCUCCUGCUUUGCCCUAAUGCUUGCUUUGGCUUUAGGACCCCUUUGUUUUGAGGUGUGGAUCUGUUUGCAUAUUCAAACAGGUCUACAUUGAAAAUCAUUUCAUCUUUUUAAAAUUGCACCUUCCUCGUGACAAGAACCACAGUUAGAGGAAAUCAGGAGGAGGACUUUUGCACAGUUUGUGGUGACAUGUGCAGGUGGGGCUUAGAAGAAGCUGUAGAAGAAAAGAGAAGGUUAUUCUAAUUGCAGAUCUGAUGAUUUAUCAGAUUCAUAUGUAUGCAGAAGCUAAUUUUACUCAUGAUUAUUUAUCUCCACCCUUCUCUAGGAGUGUGUGUGUGUGUGUGUGUGUGUGUGUGUGUGUGUGUGUUUGGGUGUGUGUGAGUGUGUGUUUGGGAGAAUCUUAAUGAGCUGUUUUGUUGACUGUCCAGCUAUCACCUGGAUUCUGCUGUCUUCAGCAAGUUUUCAUAAGAUGGGAGAAUCAAACAUUACCUGUCUUUUGUCUUCAUCUCCUUUCCUUCACGCUCAGCUACCAGUACACAGAUGGACACAUGAGCCUUCUCCCUGCGAGCUCCCAGAAGCAGGCAGCAGCCAGGUGUACUUCUCUCCCUGGUUUUAUAGGGCAGGACUUUGCCUCCCAGAGGCAGAAGAGACAAGUUAGAGAAAUAAUUGGACCUACUGUGAGAGUUUCAAGGUUUUAUAAUGCUGGCAUUUAAUGCUGGAGAGAUGAGAUUCUUGGCUGAUGGUAUGGUAUUUGUAAAUUGUGAAAGUUUAGGAGCAUUGCUUUAUAUAUUUAAAAAAAUGUCAGUCAACUUGAUUAGUGUGCUAAAGGGGACAAUAGUAUACCGUCCAGUCUAAGCUGUUGUCCAGUGUAGACUUUAGGCACUAAUUAUCUGAUACUUCAGUUAGACGUAAGGAAUGAAGCUGACAUAGUAUGAUUUAUAUGGGUGGAUUCUUACUGUCUGCAUAUUGGAAGCCUUAACUUGUCUAAAGAAAUGAUAGAGGUUUUGAACGACUGACAAUCUUGAAAGUGGAUUUGAAAACUUCUUAUUCUUCAUGAUGUUAUUUCCUGCUUGAUGUCAGUAGUUCAGAUGCUCUUGAUCUUGAGGUAGUGGCUUUUCAAAGAUUUCUUAUAUUUUAUUCUCUUCUGGAUGUGGAUCAUCAUUUUAGAGUUUUGACAUUUGUACCAAAACAGAUGUUGAGGAAAUCUUGGAAACAGCAAUAAUUUACUUUUGCUGUAGUUGUCAGAAGGCCAGCUGGUGGCCUCUGAAAGGCAGUGGAUUUCCUGCCACAAAUCCAAGGGACCACAGACUUUAUAUGGGAAACUGGUCACUUCUAGAGGACAGCCCAAAAUUUAUCAAAGGAAGUUCUUCCAUGCUGAAUACCCUUAAGUAUGCAUCAGCGAUGUCUUUAUAAUCUAUUUCCUUUGGGUAAAUUUGGGGUGUUCGUGUAUAUUGAGUUCCAGACUUUAGAGGAGGCAUGAGAAAUAGGAAAGUCUUAUUUUUGGAAAUAGGUAUCAUUCACUCUUUGAGAUGUAGAAAUAAAAGUAAUGGUAAGAAUAUGAGUUUAUCGGCACAAGAAAUAAAAACUGAUUUUUCCCUUAGUGUGUAGAUGUAGUUUUACUGGCAAUAAUUAGUGUUAGGUAUCAGUACAUGAAUUACAGUAUAAAUUCCACUCCCCGGUUUGACUCCCUCUUUGGUGGGCUUGUUUGUUGUGAAGACUACUCCUCGAAGACAGAGAGAUGUUCAUAAUAGCUUAAUUUUUUUUGGUUUUAAUCUUUGUAAAUGAUGUAAUAUAAUUUCUUUUGACUAAACAUGAAAAAAUAGCACCUGUUAUACAUUGAAAAGUUUUUACAGGCUUUGGCUGGAAUCAUUUUUGAAGAGAUGGUAUUUUAUAUGCUUCCAGUAUUUGGAAAAGAAUUAGUCAAAAGGAAUUCAAAUAAUUUAAAUAUUGACAAAUUAAUAUCCAAAUAACAUACUUGUGUGAUUUUUCUAAUAACCUGGGAAAGUGGGGGUGGGGUGGGGUGGGAUUUACAAUUUGCAAAUAAAGAGCGAUCUUUGCAUUCAUUUCGACUCUUAACACAAAACUGCUAAAUCGUAACACAUUGUUACUUUAAUAUAUGUAUAAAGUAUUACUGUUUGUAAAGCUGCUGUUUGCUUAAGAAAUUAUCAUGUAAGUAUUUUCUGUACAUUGUGCCAACAGAUUAGAAUAUUAAUUUAAUUCGCUGAAAGCUUAUCUUUUUAUUUAAAUUUUUUCUGUGGAAUAUUUUCUUGGCAAACAUCUUUCCUUCUUCCUUGCCCCUUUCAACCUUUGUACACAUUAUAGAUUCUGCAGAAUCUUAAAACUGAACCCUGGUUAAUGAUAACAUUUAAACUUGGUUGGCACAUCACACCUUAAAAGUAUUUGUAUUGUUUUGUAAUUUAAUUUCUAAAUAUACCACCUCAAUUUAUAAUUUAAUGUCUUAAUUAUAAUGCUCUAAUAAAAACUAGCAAAAUUAGUGGAUUAUACCAAGGAA